AGGAGCUCGCCCCACAAGUUAAUCAUUGCUGUCCCAAGAACCGAGUGAGAUCCAACAUUCCUUCCCACCCUCUCUUUAAAACCCUCACUCUCCCCCACUUCUUUAUCACUUCCAAGUUCCAACUCUCAGCUAGCUGCAAACUCUACUCAGUUUGCAUCGAGAUAUACAGAGAUCGAGUAGUCAGAGCUGAGAGCUAGUGGAGAGAAAGCACCAGGGAAGAACGCAGAGAGAGGUUACAGGGAGCGAUGAUGGAGAGGGCCGAGGACCUGCGCCUGAGCCUCAGUCUCAGCUCGCCGCUUAUUGCUCCUCGUACUCACCAUGUCGCCAUGCUGUUCCACGCUCCUCCAGAGAAAAGAUUCCUGGAGAUGCCGCUGCUCCCUGCUGCGAAGCGGAGCGAGGUCGUCGCGGCAGAAGAGGAGCGCGCGGGCCUGCGCGGCGGCGGCGGCAGCGACGAGGAGGACGGUGGCUGCGGCAUCGACGGCUCACGCAAGAAGCUCCGGCUUUCCAAGGACCAGUCCGCCGUGCUCGAGGACAGCUUCCGGGAGCACCCCACCCUCAACCCCAGGCAGAAGGCAACUUUGGCGCAGCAGCUCGGGCUUCGGCCUCGGCAGGUCGAGGUGUGGUUUCAGAACAGACGCGCAAGGACGAAGCUGAAGCAGACGGAGGUGGACUGCGAGUUCCUGAAGCGCUGCUGCGAGACGCUCACGGAGGAGAACCGGAGGCUGCAGAAGGAGGUGCAGGAGCUGCGAGCGCUCAAGCUCGUCUCGCCGCACCUCUACAUGAACAUGUCCCCGCCCACCACGCUCACCAUGUGCCCCUCCUGCGAGCGCGUCUCCAACACCAAUAACAACUCCAGCGCCGCCGCCGCCGCCGACCGCCGCGGCAUCAGGACUACUACUGCCGCAGGCGGCGGCAGCGUCGUCGACACCGCCGCCGACGGGGGCAUCCUCUGCCACCGCCCGAUCGCCGUCCGGCCGCAGCAGUCAUGACAAGCUAGCUAGCUUUUUACUUCCUAGCUAGACAGACUACACCCGUACACUGUCCCCAUGUGUCAACGAGGCAGCAAGCAGUGUACGUGCACAUUAUAUUCGCGCAAGCUGUGUGUGUUGCGCUCACCGAUCGAUCGCUCAGUUGUUGUUUUUUUCCUUUUUGUUGGAAGCAGCUAGCUGGCUAGCUAUUAGCAUGGUGUUCAUGCGUCAGGUGGAGUAGUAGCUAUAGGCGGCGCUGGGAUAGAACAGGAGUGUCUCGGCAGCUUCUGGCCGGCGGUGGUGGUGUUCGCGGGCGGGCCGGCUGGGAGCUGGGCGUAGCGAAUAUUUAGCUGGUCCAGGGGAAAGUUGGAUAUGGUGGGAUACGGGUGUAGGGGAAGUGGGGCGCAGCGGGAUGGCACGGUGGUUUGUUCUGUCCCGGCUGACGAUGACGGCGAUGAUGAUGAGAGGGUCAGUUUGUUUGUUGGACAGUCGUUUCUCUUAAGCUUGAUUCUAGCGAUUAAUUUAACACGGGUAGGCAUGUGCAUUUGGUCUCUGCUGAGCUUAAUUUAGGUGAUUAGUAGUGUGUUCUUUAAUUGGCCGGCCGGGAAAGCCAUAGCUUGCAUGCAUGCAUGAAAGUUUCCUUGUGUUUUGAUGGGAUAUUAUCCGCUAACUGAAAGCGUUCGAUCGGUUUGUUCGCUUAAUCAUGUGAACGGCUAAAUAUAAAUAUGUACUACUACUGGAUAUCGAGUAACGAAUCAUCUGGAUAUAAUCGAAUUGAAUUGCCCGGUCGAGGAAUAUGCACCAUUCGAUCGGAGGUGGUA